UCUCCCCACGACGGAGAGGCCCCAUGGAGCCUCCCUCCUUCCCCGGUGACUUCUUCUCAGGCCCCACCCCUACCUCUGCCCUCUUCUCCUCUGCUUUGAGCUGUGCCAUGUUCUGUUUCAGAUCCAUCCACCCAUGGAUGAUAUAUGGCAAAUUAGCUUGGUAGAUAGUUAGUGGUCCACGGUCCAAGUUUAUGCAUUUCUAUCAUGUAACUUAUCUGCAUUUCGUAUUUCAGGCUUCAGUUCUAGCAACCAUUUUGCAUCGAUCAAUAUUGUAAGUCAUGUACAGCUUCGGUUUUGUUGUAGAUACCUUACAAUUUGCUUUAGGCUAUUUCCUUAAUUAAAGCCUGUACCAAUAAUUCUAAAGCUUGUUACUCUGAUGAUGCAUUAUAAUUAAGUAUGUAUAACCUUUUCAAUAGGGCGAUUUUGAUAUGAUCUGCAGUGGAAGGGACAAGAUUGAAACACCAGAGCAGUUCCAGCAAGCUGAAGACAUAGUCAACAGACUUGAUUUGGAUGGACUUGUUGUCAUCGAUGGUGAUGAUUCAAACACUAACGCAUGCCUCCUUGGUGAAUACUUCAGGGGAAGGAACUUGAAGACUCGCAUUAUUGGUUGCCCAAAGACUAUUGAUGAAGAUCUGAAAUGCAAGGAGGUCCCAACAAGCUUUGGAUUUGACACUACUUGCAAGGUAUUGGGUUUUUGCCCUUAG